AUGUUUCUGGAAUACGAACAGAACGGAAACAAACGACGGCGAAAGAGUAUCUCAGGAGUCGAACAGGUUCCCGCCGAAGCGUUUGUUCUCGAGAAAGUGGCGCGGACUGAGUUUCCUCCCAGGCUCUCGGAGCUGCCGAUCAAACAGGGACAAGCAGUGGCUCGCGAGAUAUUGAGUCAACGAGCCACUCCCACCGAGCCAAAGGUGCUGAAUGACCCACAUGAGGUGGUGGAUUCGGGUCAGGCUCCAUCAAGCCCAUUGCGUGAGCAGACUAUGGAUCUUACUAUCAGACCCCUGAAAAUCCCGAAAGCUCCUGAUCUUGGGUACCAAGCUCCAAUCGACACUAUGGGUACAUCUCGAAUCCCUCGACCGUCUCAGAUUUCGCCUCAGCCAUCCCAGAGGUCCCCUCAACCAUCAUCAUCAUCUCAACCUUCAGCGGCGCCGAUAAGAGCGCCCCUGCCUGAGUUAUAUCACAGUUAUGACGCUGAGGUGCCUAUGGAAAUGACAGUGCCCAUGACGGCUCAAUCGCUUGAGCAUUCUGCGGAAUACACGAGAUCGCCGCCACAAGAGGCGACCCAACACAACGAGGUGCCCAUGGACGAAACUGAAUUUCAACCAGCAGUCAGGCAUCAGCCAUCUCAUUCAACUGGAACUCUGCAUAAUGAAGUGGCUACGGAAGAAACUGAUCAAGUGAACGUGACUCAAAAUCAAGAAGUUCCUAUGGAACAGACCCAACAUCGAUCAGUGCAAACGGAACAAUCUCAAUCUGGUCCAAUGGAGAACACUCAAUAUCAGGAUGUAACGAUGGAGAUGACGCAACACCAACAGGUUCCGAUGGAGAUGACGCAACACCAACAGGUUCCGAUGGAGAUGACGCAAUACCAACAAGUUCCGAUGGAGAUGACACAACAAUUUCAGGUUAGUAGUCGUGUUGAAACUGAGACUCCAUCAACUGCACCUCAACCUGAAGCGGAAGAUGUUCAGCAACAUCCCGAAGUGGCUACCUCUACUCAAUCACGUCAGGAGCAAGUCCCCUCUGAGUCACAAACCGAGACACCUAUGGAACUCACUCAAUCAUUUCCUGUUGAAUCUCGUACUGCAGAAGCACCAGUACAACUGUCUCAAGCCAAGGAAACCACCCAUGCUCAAGAUGAAGUGCCGAUGGAGAUGACACAAUCUUUCCCAUCAAUAACUCGUAUGGGUCAGACGGAAAAGGCGCAAGCCGAACCACUCAAAGAGUCUACUCACACUUCACCGAGCCAAGAAGAAGUACCCAUGGAGAUGACGCAAUCGUUUUCGGUUGGGUCUAAGAAGGCACAAGAUUACCCGCCCAAAGAAACUACUGAAUUACCUAGAGCCCAAGAUGAUGUGCCUAUGGAAUUAACGGGAGUGCAUCAAUAUGCUCAACAAGUGAAUGCAAUGGUAGAGGCUCGCAGCUCUAGUGAGACACCAGUGAAUAAUGCCAUUGCUCCCUUAGCUGAGCCUGUGACUCAACAAUUCAGUGAUUUCAGUCAUGUCGAGGUCCAUCGGUCACAAACGGUUUACAUGGAAAAUGGGCAAUUGGGUGAGGUUACCAUGGAGUUUACCCAGCUUAAACAGACUACAGUUGAUCGAAUUGAACCACCGAAACUAGAUGAGGUUCCCAUGGACUUCACUGAGCCCUUGUCGCAUUCGAAGCCAAUGGAUACUGAAGUUGUGUCGAAGGAAGUUUUUGUUGAACAAUUUUCAUCAGCUCAACCGGAAGAGGAAUCUGUGGGUUCAACUCAGUUGGAACUGCAAGACCAACAGACGACUUCCAGUAAGGGUGAUGAGUUGGCAGCCUCAACGCAGCUGCCUUCACAGCAUACACGUGAACCAUUAGCUCCUUUGGCUGUGCCUGAUCACGAGCAAACCACUGAGAAAUCUCCUCAGCAAGUUGUUGAGCACAAUCAGGACAAUAGCGCUAAUGAGGAUGAUAUGGAUAUCGAUAAUGAAGGGGCUGCAAAUACCCCAACGCCUGUGGAGAAAACCGAGCCUCCUGCUGUUCAACAAGAUGAGCCCCUGCAGAUUCCUCCGACCGCUCAGGAAGGUGAAAAUUUUACGGACAAAGCUGAACAUAGGGGCGACAACAUCGCCACUUCCGAAUCAGUUUCUACUACUGAAGCAAUGCCUCAGGAGGUGUCCACAAAUCAUAAUGAAGACGCAAUAAUGGAGAUUCUGCGCUCUCCAGUGGAACAUUUGCUGGACUCACGCCAAAUUUCUUCGGAUGCUCGGGAACCAGAGGUACCUAUAAAAGACAACCACGCGAAUGCGGUUGAUGCUGACCAGACGUUUGCUGAAAAUUUCGGGCAGCUGUCGCUGGAGAUAUACCACACUCCGUCAGCGCUGCCAUUGAAAUAUGCUGAGAACCUGGCGGACCUGCCGCUGACACCUAGAGCCCCGCUAACCCCGAACGAAGUGCUUCAGGCUUCACCAGAACACUACGCUGCUGAAACUGGCACUGUACCCAGUGAUGAUGAAUAUAGUCUGCUACUCUCGCAAGACCCUCAAAUUAUGGAUACAGUGGCCCAAGAAUAUGUUUAUGAACGCCCGGAGCCGAUACGGGGCUACCAGCAGUCGGUAUCGGUGGAAGAGUUUGUCAACCACCUUCGCAAUCGGGGUCCCGAACACAUGGAUACAUUGUACGAGGUGACGGAAGUGAGUGAGAGCGACCACACUCAGAACAUCACUAAUCCUCGUGAAUCGAUAUUGUCGCCCAUUAACGAGCCUGACACUCCCGCAGAACCUGCGCAAGUGCCAGAGACGGGUGAUAAUGAUUACAUCCCCACUUUAUCCGAUCCAAACUUGGCGAGUAUUGACUCUCUGAUUUCUGGAGAUGACCCGGAGAUGAGCCGAGUGAUUGAUGAACUCAGGCUGGUGGUAGAUGACGACACUCUCCUUGGGGUAUGUCGAAAAAUUGGACUCACUGAAAGCGCUGAGAUGGCCAUAUUGUGGUCGCUUAGUUGGGGUGCUACUACCGAUAGUCAGCAGGUACUUAAGAAGGGGUCGGCUCAGUGGGUUACGGAUAUUGUCGAGAACGUGAAAGAGAAUUUACCAAAGGUGAGUGACUACUAUGCUCGUGCCAAUGACAGUAAAGCUGAGGAGUUUGACCAAGCGGUUUAUCAAGUUGCUCGAGUCAAAGUGAAAGGAGUGAAAAAGCAAUGGCAAUAUCGAGCUAUUCGCGUGUUGGCGGCGUUUGCAAAAGUUGAGCGGGCUCAACAAUGGAUCACCACCGAACUUGAGUCAUUUGAACGCACCAAAGAGGACGCACUUAGCCAGUUGGAGCAGCUUGUUGACCAUGUCUCAGAAUUAGAUGAAGAUAAAGAAAAUCAAGAGGUGGCGGCACCGGAGAAGUCGGAAACGCCUGAGGAAGAUGAAGUGGAGCCCACCAAUGAUGUGUCCAAUAUGAAAUCACCGACGAUCGAGGAAGAAGCCGAUGCCAGCCAAAUCGAGAAAGUUGUGGAGAGAUCGUUUGAGAAAGCUGAUAUAGCGCCAGCAAUUGAACCUGAUAUGGCUCAUCUGACACCUGUGCACCACAACAGACCCAAACCACCGGCUGCGUCAUUUGGCGAAGACCAACGGUUCUGGCUUGAUCCACAGACGUCACCACUGCCAUCACCGCCUCAACCACUGAAGCCACCCACCUUAGCCUCAUUAGUGGCCGACAUCGACGGUUUUACCGCUUCCUAUUCCGAUGAUAUGAUGGUCACAGGGGUCGUGAAUCGUCACCUCAACGUGACUUUAACCUCUCACAGUUUGACUGCCAGUUGUGAUAAAUCGAUGGUAUGGCGGUACGCCCAAUUGGAGGAAGCACUCCCCUAUUUGCUUAGCCACAUUGAAGACCAAGCAUACGAUUCUCCCCGGGACAAAUUGGCUCACUUGGCUCGUCUCUGGCGGUCGCUAUGCCAGUUUGACCGGGAGCUCGGAGUUAUCGAUAUCAACACCCGGGUGGUGGUGAUGGAGAUCAUCGAUGCCGGCAUAUACUGCGGCUUGAUCCACCUGAACCGAACCGGCAAAAUCGAGAUCCGCAUGUUGAUGCUGUGGGCUGGUCUUGAAACGUUUCAGUGUGAGGUAACCACCGAGGUGGUGCGGGGGUCAUUUGCGGGGUGGACGGUGUGGCAGCAGCCCAACGCACUCUUUGACCAUCUCGGCAAAGCCAUUGCCACCUCUAUCGAUGCUUGA